AAACUUUUGCUAGCAACUUACAGGCUAAGGUACACACUAACAGAUCAAUGUCAUGGACCUAGUAGCAGGUACUGCUAAAAGAGCAAGCAGCGAUAACAGGAAGAAACGAACGUGGUCUGGCGACAGUGAAACGCACACACACCACUAUAAGCGAAUACGCCAAACAACAACGGUACCGGUGUUGCAAGCCAUCAUCCAGGACAUCGGCCAAACCUCAAAUGAAGUUAUCAGUCUCCAGCACCCUUGCAUGUGCGCUGCAGCAACAGUAGCCAGCAUACAGCAGAAAGCACUCGAAUUAGCUAAAAAGAGGACGAGUACAGAGUUUGCCAGCAGUAUGAACGACCGCAUUGAACUGUUUUGUUUCCUCUCUUGUGUUGUUGUCCUGCGAGACCUCAACCCUGAUGCGAGCCAUACUUUAACACAAGUUGUGUGCGAAACUCUAUCCCUACAAAGAGACUACGCAAAUCGUGUUCUAGCAGGUGUAUUAUGGUUGCAUCAAAACCUCAUACGAAGACUACUAGAGCUAGAUUGGAACCUUGCGGAGGCUACAACUAUUGUAGCACGAUAUGCGCCUGCAACCCAUUCCAAGCUUCGACAUAUAAAGAGCUCCAAACAGAUCAAGGUGCCUUGAUUUCGAGAUUCCAAGAGAUAAAGAGUUCACCGUACAUUGCCUCCUUAUCAAGAUGGUCUGUCCCUAACCAGAUGAUGAAAUCAGACGCUACUCUAAGAGACUCUGCCAGUCGCUUGGUUACUUGGACUCAACGCAAGCAAGC